AUGGCAGCCCCGAUCCCGUGCGCCAGCCUGAAGAAGGCGGGCAUCAUCGUGGCGAUCGUCGAGAUCGUAUUAUGUAUCCUGGCCGUCUACGGGCUAUUCGCCAACUGGCUGCGCUACGGAUCGAAGUACUUUUUCUGGUGGCUAAUUGGAAUUAUCUCGGUGGUCAUCCUCCUGCUGGCCAUCGCCCUGAUGCUGUACGCGAUAUGUCGGGAGAGUCCACGAUGGCUGAUUCCGCAUCUGUCGGCGCAGAUUUUUUUGAUCCUGUUCCUGAUCGUGCUGACCAUCAUCGUGGCCUUUCUGCUGCUCUUCCAGGCAUAUGCCGGCAUCCGGAAUCUUCUUGGGGUUACGCACGAGACGACGAGUGAUGAUUCCACCUUUUUGCUGGGUAUCAUGAUCAUCGUCAUCUACCCGGCGAUCGCCAUCCUCGAGUGCUUCUUCCUCUACAUUGUCUACAAGCUGUACAAGCACCUCCAGCAGUACGAGAAGCUCCGCACCGGUUAUCCUUCAGAUAACUUGAAACGGAGUCACUGGACCACCGUAGGAAAAAUGCCGGUUGAUGAUAAGCACGGAGCCCCUGAACUCGGCCACCUCUACCUCUACAACCAGGAAAACGAGGAGAGCAGAUACGGAGCCGACGUCGAGCCGACCUACCAAAAUCAACCCCAUCGAUAC